GCGCCCUACGAGUUGUUGGGGCGUUGCCAUGGCAACGACACAUCGCGACAGAGCGGGGUUGGAAACUCCGUCGCUGCAUGUCGCGACACAUCCGAACCGGCACCGGCAGCGAGAUGGCAGCGGCGAGCGCCAGCCCCGGGUCCCGGUCCCUCCGUGCCCGGGGGUCUCUCCUCGCCCGCCGACGGCAGCUUCACCCGCCGGGAUUUCCGUCUGUCACCGCCUCCAGCAGCCCUGUGGUGAUCGGUCAGGAUGUGCCAAAACAUCCUCCAGAGCUGCUCACCUCCAAGCCCAAGCUCAAGACCAUCAGACUCAUAACCAAGGACCUGAUCCGGGACAUCAUCAUCCCCCAGGAGAAGCCUCAACCGUGUCUCAUCAUUGGAGAAAAGGAAUAUGAGAGGAUCAAGGAAUCAGCUCGAGCCCCAACUGAUGUGGAGCGUUGGGACAGGCUGAAGACCCUGAAAGCCAGACAGGACGCUGCUUUUGAAUCCCUGAAAAAGGCCCAGAUGGAGGAGCAGAGAAAGGCAGAACUGGAGGAUGAGAGGGACCAUCAGAGAGACGAGGAGGAGGAGGAGGAGCUGCUGCGGCGGGCGAUGAGGAUGAGGCUGGAGCAGGAGGAAGAGAUGAGGGAGCUGAACACACUGUUCCUCAGUGCCAAGUGCAACAUGAUCCGGGACAAGCAAGUGCUGGAGAAGCGGAUGAUCCACAAGGAGCUGGCAGAGGAGGAGAAACGCCUGGACAAGAUUUUAAAAACGGGGUGGGAGAAGGGCUUGGAGGUGCAGGAGAAGCUGGAGAGCUGCAGGAAGCGGGAGCUGAUCAGAGCCAGGCAGCACCUGGUGAAGCAGAUGGAGCAGAAGGCAGAGGAGCGAGCGCUGAGGGCUGAGGAGCUGCACCAGGAGGGCCAGAGGCAGCUGCAGCUCCUGGAGCAGAUGAAGAGGGAGGAAAGGAAGGCCUGGGAGCAGAAACAGGAACAGAAAAGGAAAAUCUUUGCUGAAAUUCAACGUUUCAACGUGGAGAGCCAGAGGCUGAAGGAUCAACAGCGGGAGCAGGAGAGGCUGGAGGAGGAGCUGGUGCUGGAGCAACAGAGGCAGAAGGAUGAGCGUGAGGCUGCCUUGCAGGCAGAGCAGGAACAGCUGCACAGGGAGAAGGAAAAGGAGCUGGCCCAGCUCAGAGCCAAGCAGGAGCAGGCCCAGGACUGGCAGGCAGAGCAGGAUGCUCUGAAGGCCAAGAGGAACCAAGAGGCUGCAGAGAGGGAAUGGAGGCAGCAGGAGCUGGAGAAGGCACAGAGGAAGGCUGGGAUGGAGCAGCAGCUGAGGCAGGAGCGGCUGCAGCAGGUGGCCCAGAAGGAUCAGCACUUGGCCAUGCAGAUGGAGCAGGACCGCCAGGAAUUCCAGAGGGUGCUCAGAGCCCAGCAGGAGCAGCUGGAGCAGGAGCAGCUGCAGCAGGAGCGGAGGGAGCUCCGGCAGCGCGCCCACGCCGCCGAUCUGCGGCGGCAGAUCCAGGAGCUCCGGCGGCGGCGGCAGCGGGAGCGGGCGGCGGUCACCGAGGAGCGCCGGCAGCAGGAGCAGGAGAUCCGGCAGCGCCGCCAGCUCCUGGCCCGGCUCAGGCAGCAGAAACUGCAGGAAUUCAGAGCCACUGGAAUUCCUGAUAAAUAUUGUGCCCAGGUGGAGCGCAGGGCUCGGAGCUGGAAUUGCCCAUGAGUUUAGUCCUGGCUUACAAGGUGGGGUCUAACCAAACCGUGUUUUCAUCCUUUUAGUGGACGGGUCACUCGCUGUAGCUGGGUGUUAGAGAAGGGAAGGAGGCAAAGCCUGCAGGGCAGUGUUUGUUUGGCUUCCCAAAAUGACUCAGCUGUGGUAAUUUACACCUCAGGGGUCACCUCUGCCCCUGGGCCAUCAAAAAUCCCAGUGGGCAGCCUGUGGACAGACCUAGGACAUCAAGGAUUGGCCAGAGCAUCCCAUGAGUCACAGGAAUACAGAAUUCCAUGGGGAAAUUCCCUGCCAUGGGAGAGGUACUGAACAUAAUCUGGGCUCUUUGGGGAUUUGGGAUACCACCACAGCUCAGAGGAGGACCAGACCUUCCACAGGGCCUCUGCUUUCGACAGGAUUGCAACCAUCACUCCAACACCCCGACUGACAGGAUGUCAGGUUGUACUCUGCCUUUGUGGUUUGACUCCAGUUUUUAUUGUAAUCUUUCUAUUAAAUUGUGAUUCCAACCUGAAAUCUCCCUCAAGGUAUUUGUGUGGUCAUU